UUGUGGAGAUAGAUUUCUCACUGUCACACACACACAAAGAAAACGAAAAUGGGGGCUCUGCGGCUUCCCUCCCUCACAUCCAUCUUCACCUUCUCUCCCGCCCGCUCUUCCUUGUUCUUCCGCCGUAACAACCAUUUUCAUCUCCGCAAUCUGACGUCAGCAACCAAAGUAUUCGCAAAGAGUACCACUCCGGCAGUCACAGAGGUUUCUCCGGCAGACUCGAACAACCAGAAAACAGGUCCAGGUCAGCAGCAGGAACAAGGGAUAACGCCUCGUUCACAGGAUUUCAAUGCGUGGUAUCUCGAUGUGAUAUCGAUGGCUGAGUUGGCUGAUUAUGGCCCUGUUCGUGGUACUAUGGUUAUUCGCCCUUACGGUUAUGCUAUUUGGGAAGCCAUUCAGGAUUAUUUGAAUGUCAAGUUCAAGGAGACUGGACAUAGUAAUAUGUAUUUUCCACAGUUUAUACCAUAUUCGUUUAUAGAGAAAGAAGCCAGUCAUGUUGAAGGCUUUAGUCCUGAAUUGGCCCUUGUGACUGUUGGAGGAGGGAAAGAACUUGAAGAAAAACUUGUGGUUCGACCUACUAGUGAAACCAUUGUGAACCAUAUGUUUACCCAGUGGAUUCAAAGUUAUCGUGAUCUUCCUCUUAUGAUCAACCAGUGGGCAAAUGUCACAAGAUGGGAGAUGCGCACCAAACCCUUUAUAAGGACUCUUGAGUUUCUUUGGCAGGAGGGACAUACUGCACAUGCCACUCCCGAGGAAGCUGAAAAGGAGGCGAUGCAGAUGAUUGAUGUCUAUACAAAGUUUUCUUAUGAAGAAGCUGCAAUACCUGUUAUUCCAGGUCGAAAAUCAAGGGUAGAGACAUUUGCUGGGGCAGAUAAAACGUAUACAAUUGAAGCUAUGAUGGGUGAUCGUAAGGCCUUGCAGGCUGGAACCAGCCAUAAUCUCGGACAGAAUUUUUCCCGCGCUUUUAAUACCCAGUUCGCUGAUGAGAAUGGCCAAAGGCAGCAUGUAUGGCAAACUUCCUGGGCUAUAAGCACUCGAUUUGUUGGUGGUAUCAUCAUGACCCAUGGAGAUGAUGCUGGACUAAUGCUUCCUCCAAGGUUGGCUUCUGUACAGGUGGUGAUUGUACCAAUUUGGAAGAAGGCUAAUGAAAAGACUGAAGUUCUUGAUGCUGCUUUGUCUAUUAAAGAUGUUCUUCAUGCUUCUGGGAUUAAAGUAAAACUAGACGAUUCUGAUCAAAGAACACCAGGAUGGAAAUUUAAUUUCUGGGAAAUGAAGGGCGUCCCUCUAAGAAUUGAAAUUGGUCCCCGUGAUGUUUCCAGCAGGACUGUGGUCGUAUCUAGGAGAGAUAUUCCUGGAAAACCAGGGAAGGUUUUUGGGAUAUCUAUGGAACCUUCAGUCCUUGUACCCCAUGUCAAAGAAAAGUUGGAUGAGAUUCAAUUAUCCCUUUUGGAGAAAGCAACUGCUUUUCGAGAUAGCAACAUUGUGGAUGUGAGCUCAUAUGAUGAACUCAAAGAGGCAAUAUCGCAGGGGAAAUGGGCCAGAGGUCCAUGGGUGGGAAGUGAUGAAGAUGAAUUGAUGGUGAAAGAAGAAACAGGGGCAACCAUUAGAUGUUUUCCUUUCGAUCAACCUCUAGGGCCAAAGAAGUGCCUUAUGACGGGUAGUUCAGCAGAGGAAGUUGCAAUUUUUGCUAAAUCUUACUGAACAGUUGUCCUAUCCAUGAUCAGUAUUGCAGUGUGAGUAUUGGGUGGAGCUACCAACACGAAACACAAGCAAAAUGAAGACGAUAUGAAACCAAUGUAAAGAGAAUUAGAAAGGGAAGGGUGUGGAAGUGUGGAACUAAGCAAAAAGACAAGGUAUCUUUGAAGUGUAUUGAGGACGGUGUAUGUCUGUACGAUACAGAUAAUAAUCUGCUAGCUAGCCAAGUGAAGAAUUUUUUUCUUAAUUUCUUUCCUUACAGUGUAAACAGUUGUUAAUUUUUGACGAUAAACAACAUUGCGUGUUAUUUUUUGCUA